CUUUUGUAUGUACGAAUGCAAUACGCGGCAACACUGGAUUGGUGUACUAUCCAGUACUAUCUUUAUUAAAAACAUGGCGUAGUUGCCAGUAACACGUGCUUUAUUUUUCAACGCUUAUUUUGCGUAAUAAUUUUGUAUGUUGAUUAAAAAAAAAAAAAACGAAAAUGGAUGCAAGAAAACGUUGUGCGAAUGUAACAGAAGAACAAAAAACGCUAUUAUUACAAUUUAUGGAAAAAAAUCCGCGUUUGAUGUCCGGUAAAUUUUUUGCUGAUUUUACAUUUAAAGAUGCAACUAUUUUGUGGCAAAAGCUUGCAGAUAUCUUAAAUAGUUGCAAUGGUGUAAGCAAGGAUUGGAAAUCUUGGCGAAAGUGCUGGCAAGAUUUGCGAUCACGUAGUGAAUCAAAACAAAGCAAAAUAAAUGCAGAACGAUGGAAAACUGGUGGAGGAAAUGAAUCUAAUCUUAAAUUAAGUAAAACGGAAGAAGCAACAUUAAAUUUAAUUUCUCCUAUAUGUAUCGAUGGACACACAGAAGUUAAAGAAAACGAAGUACAAAUAGAAUCAGAUACUGAGAUAAAUUUUGAAACUGAUGAAGUGGAAUAUCUUGAUGAAGAUAUAGAAGAUUUGAAACAAAUUGGUAUAAACAGUGCAGUCUACUUUAAUAUGGGAAAUACAGAAACCAAAGAUGAUAAUAAGGAGAAUACAUUAAUCGACAAUGCUGCAGGCAAUUCAGAUGAAAACGGUAAUAGUAAUGAUAGUUCAACUACACCAAUAACAAAAAAAAGGAAAAGAAUGUCACUGUCUCAAAAACUUCAAGCAACACAACAGCCAACACAGGAUCUUGCAAAUAUAGCACAAAAAACAUAUGAUAUGCAAAAUACUUAUUACGAAAAUAAGUUGUUAUUAAGGAAACAAGAAUUAAAACUUAAAGAAAGAUUAGUUAGUGCAGUUGAAAAGUGCAAUCCUUCAUAAUAUAAUGUCUUUUAUUGUAAACAUAUUAUAUAUUUUUUUAAAUCAUUUCAGUUAUAAUAAAUCGUAAGGGUUGGUUUAUAAUAGCUGAGAAUAGCCAUAACGUAAAGAAAUUGGCCAAUUAUAGUCAAUUAUUUUUCUAUAAAUCGACUACGAUUAGCCAAUUUCUUAUGGUUACGGCUAUUAUCAGCUAUUAUAAACCAACUCUAAUAUCUUAUUUAAUAAUAAAUACUUGUUUCCUUAAUAAUGCACGCCUAUACGUAAUGUAUUAUAUAUGUAACCAUUUUUAGAUACUUUUUUAAGUAAUGAUAUUGAAUUUAGAAAAAGAAACAAAAAUAUUUUUUUUAUUAGCUUUCAGAGAUAAAGACUGUAUAAGUCCAGUAUAUAUAAUUGAUUGUUAUAUUUAAGAUCAUCUCAAGUACUGUCUUAAGUGAUUUAAGAUGUCAUUAGACAAUCACAGCCGUAGUAGCAUUCAAGACAUUACUUAAGGCGAUUUUAAAAUAAGAUUCGAUUAUGAAUAUCGGUCUAAGAAUUCUCUCUCUUGUGAUUUAAUGUGAUGUUAUUUUUUUUAAUAUAUUUUAUAAAAGAUUAUAAAGCUUCCAAAUAACUUUUUGUUUUAGUUUUAUAUAUUCAGUUGUAUUUUCUAUAUUAUAUGCAUAAUAUAUAAUAAAUAUGUGUACACCCAGCAUCAUCGAUUCUUUCUCUCAGAAAAUUUUCCAAACUGAGAAGUCACCAUCUUUCAAUAUACUCGCAGUUUAUGAUUAAUGUAACGACUAGAAUUUAUUGAUCGUUACGUUUUUCAUAAACUGUAAGUAUGUAGCAAGAUAACGACUUCUCAGUUUGGAAAAUUUUCUGAGGGACAGAAUGGAACAGAAUCAAUGAUGUUGGGUAUACGUUUUAUAAGUAUUAUAAGUAUUAUCGAAGAUAAGCACGAAUUAAUUGCUACUUCGCAAUUGUUUGCCUGCUGCCAAUUCAGGAUUCACUCUGUUAGCUAUUUCUUCAUUAUCUCCAUUGCAUUGAUUAAACAUAUCAUCUUGCCAAUCAUCAUCAUAUUGUGGAAAUGGAAUGUUUUCUAUACACAUAUUAUGCAAAACAGCACAGGCAUUUGUAAUUUUACAUGCCAUUUGUGGUGUAUAAUGUAAAACUCUGUGUUUCAAUAAACAGCGAAAUCGCAUCUUUAGUAAACCAUUGCAACGUUCUAUUAAAGCUCGACAAGACAUUUGUCUACAGUUGUAUCUUUCUUCUGGACUAUUUUCUUCUGCGUUAGCGACUGGAGUUAGUAACCAAGGACGUAAAGGAUAACCUGAGUCACCUAAAAUAGUCGUUAAUAAUACAUAUUACAAUUUUAGUUAUUACAAAGAUACAUAAAUAAUUUGUUCGCGUUGCUUAAAAAUGUUCAAAAACUUGUAUAAAUGGUAGUGCUGUUUUGAAAAAUAUGUGUCUAGAAAACGAUAUUUGCAUUUAAAACGAGAUAUAAUAUAUAUUCGAGUGAUGGAGAAAGACAAAACAAAGAUGCCCAGUACAAAAAGUGUAAGCAACGUGAACAGAUGUAAUAAAAAAUACAAAUGUAUCCUUUUAUUAUUGGGCGAAUUCAAGCUUAGACAUUUUGACGCUUGAACUCAUCUAUUGAUACAAUACACACACACACACACAAUUAUACUUACCCAAAAGGAAAAAAGUCAUAUUUGGCCAUGUUCUAUGGAUUGUUUCCAUUCCUAUCUUUAAGUUAGAAUUAUUCCAUAUAUAACUGUCAUGUGUGCUUCCAGGAUAUCUGGCAUUUAUAUUCAGUAUCUUUAAACUCCAAUCACAUACCUGAAUUGAAAAAUUAUACAUUGGCCCGUAUUCAUAGUCGAUUCUUUUUUCAAGAUCGUUUUAAGUAGAAUAUUUUAAGAUGCUAAUCCGGCUCUCUGUUUGAUGACAUCUUAAGACGAUCUUAAAUAUAAGAAUGGACCAUAGUAUUCAUAAUCCGUUCUUAUAAUAUUUAGAUUUGUUUUAAGAAGUAUUAUUUUAAGAUGUUAUCAACUAAUCAGAGAACUGUUUUAGCAUCUUAAGGCAUUACUUAAGACGGACUUAAAAUAAGAAUUAACUAUGAAUACCGGUCUACAAAUUCCGACCUAUAAUAUUAAUAAAGUAAUAAUGUAUUAUGUCUGUUUGUGUUGUUUGCACUACUUGCACUUAACAUCUUCGUUUUCUCUCUCUCCAACACUCCUAUAUUAUAUUUAUCUCGUGUAAUUAUUUUAAGAGAGUUUAAGCAACGCAAACAAACCUAAUAAUUUAAUAUUAAAAAAAAGAACAUUUAUACACUUACUAAUUGUACAUUUAUCGAAUGAUAUCCCUUUCUGUUAACGUAUAAAUGUUCAGGGUUUACGGCAUCAUGAACCUGUGGUGGAAAGAUAGCUAUGUGAGUGCAAUCUAUGCAUCCAAUUACUCCAGGAAAUCUAUGAUUAUCAUAAAAUCUGAAAAUGUAUCAUAAUACACUAUAAUAAUUUUGAUUAAUAAUGCAGAUUAAUAUUAUAGUCAUUGAAAAAUUUACUAACUGUUGUCUUAACUGCUUCAACUCAUUUAAAGUUCUGGGAAAUUUAAUCCACUAGUUCAUUACAUUAGCCUCAUUUAAUGCAUUUACAACUUCGUUAAUACAUCUCGAUACAGAUGGUUGACUUAUGGCAAGAUGUAAAUUCUGUCCUACACUUGUUUGAUAACUACCAUGUGCGAAAAAAUGUAAUGCUGUCAGUACCUAAUGCAAAAUUUACAAGGAUUAAAAAAUAACAAGGAUGGGAAGUAACGAGUUAUAAUAAGUAACGCAUAAGUAAGUUAUAUUAGUAAGUAUAAUAGUAUAAAAGUAUAAUAACAGUAAGUGUAAUAAGUUAAAUUAUCAUAACUUACGUUAUAUAACUUACUUACGCGUACAUAGAUUUUCGCUGCUUUUGUUUCGUAUAUGGUGUUAAAUCUCUUAUUAUAUUACGCACUAAUUCGCGGUUUCGUUAACCGAAAUAGUUUUAAAAAUUUCGUGUCAUUUAUAUUGAAUGCGUCAGCUACAACAUAUCUUAUCCGAUGAUUUCUCCGCAUGACAUAUGCAUUAAGUGCAACUUCGGCGGCUUCAAUUUCUUAUGCAAUCACAAUAUUAUUAAUAAUAUUUAUUUUUAUUUAUAGAAUGAAAUUGUUUUAUACUAAAUAGGCUUUCGCAAACGUGCGUUACUUCCCAUCCAUGUUAAAUAAUACACAUGUAUUAAUAACAUUAUGUAAUUUACGACAUAUAUAUAAAUAAAUUCUGUAUUAUUCCUAAUA